GGAAAUAUGUAAAUAUGGGUGUGCGUUGGACCAGUGACCUAGGUGACCAGUGACAAGCUUGUAUUAAACUAUUAUAAACUGACUUAUAUUUUUAUUUGCAAUUAGAAGAGUUUAUUUUCAAAAAAUAAAUUGACAGCAUCAAAUUCCGGCGAUAUCGAUUCGUCGAAUGCUUUACGGAAAGUGUGAAAGUUGGCAGUCCUAAAGUAACCGCCAUUUUAUUUUAGUUAUGUGUUCUUUUCGACGUUUGCAAUGAAUGUAAAUAUGGGUGACUAAUAGCAGUAGUGAUAAGCGGCGUACCUCAUUGUAAAAUUCUAAGCGUACGUUUACAAAAGCAUGAAGACCUAAUUUUAAAGCCGCUAAUUAAAUUAGAGAAGAGAGGAAAAUCGUAAAGAACAUUGAACGGCGAAAAAGCAAUACGGUGGUAGGGGAACACGUGCGUCACCACUAAUACUGCUACGGCUACUGCUGCAGUUGCGGGAGAAGGGCGACCCCUUUGCUUGUUGAAAUUGAGCAUAAACUUGUGGAAAUGUUUUUGGAUUGAUUUGAGAAGAGAGAAAAGAAAUUCAACUGAGGAAUUAGCUACUGAAAAGCAAUUAAGCUGAUACACGAAGGCGAAUGAAACUAUUAUUUGUGCUUAAAGCAAAAUGUAGUACCUUUGGAUUGUAAAACUGCUGUGGAUUUUUUUUUUUAACCUUGAAGUAACUUAACCUUACGACGGAAAUAAAUAGCUAACUUAAAAAUCAGUUUAUAAGAAUAACAAUGUCGUUUAUAAAUAAUUUGAAAAAGGUGUUCCACCUUGGCGGUGGUGAGGCGAAGAAAAAACGCCUUUACAAUAAUAUCAAGAUGGACACAGACCCUGCGGAAUUUUGGGAAAUGGUGGGUGAGCUGGGUGAUGGCGCUUUUGGCAAAGUAUAUAAAGCGCAACAUAAGGAACAUAGACGCUUCGCAGCGGCAAAACUAUGCACAUUGGAAGAUGAAGAAAAUCUUAGUGAUCACAUGGUAGAAAUUGAUAUUUUAUCAGAGAUAAAACAUCCAAACAUUGUAGAAUUGUAUGAAGCGUUUUCAAUUGAGGAUAAAUUAUGGAUGUUAAUUGAGUAUUGCGAUGGCGGCGCGCUCGACAGUAUAAUGGUGGAAUUAGAAAAGCCGCUGACGGAACCACAAAUUGCCUACGUUUGCCGACACAUGACUGAAGGUCUGAGUUUUUUACAUAAAAAUAAAGUAAUACAUCGUGAUUUAAAAGCUGGAAAUGUACUACUAACAAUGGAGGGUGGUGUUAAAUUAGCUGAUUUUGGCGUGUCGGCCAAAAAUAAGCAUACUCUACAGAAACACGACACAUUUAUAGGCACACCGUAUUGGAUGGCACCUGAACUUGUGCUGUGCGAAACAUUUCGGGAUAAUCCUUACGACUUAAAAGUGGAUAUCUGGUCACUUGGCAUAACUUUGAUAGAGUUAGCGCAAAUGGAACCACCAAAUAGUGAAAUGUCACCGAUGCGUGUUCUACUAAAAAUACAAAAAAGUGAACCACCAACACUGGAUCAGCCCUCAAAGUGGAGUAAGGAAUUCAAUGAGUUCCUAAAGAGAGCUUUGGUUAAAGAUCCGCAACAACGUCCAGGCACAGAUAUUUUAUUACAACAUAGAUUCAUUAAUUGUGAAUUAGACGCUAAACCUAUAAAAGACUUAUUAUUAGAAUAUAAAGCUGAAGUGGUUGAAGAAGUUGUCGACGAUGAUGCUGAGGAACCCCGCAACUCGGCGCUCCGGCUCGACCUGGACGAUGACUCUGCAUCUUUGCAGAGCCAAGAUAUUGACAAACUUCCAGGUACCCCAACAUCAGUAUCUAUGGACUCUAAAGAACCAAAUCAAACAAAUAGUAUACCACAAAGUAAACUAUCACAACAAAGAGGAGUCGCAAGCAAUGUCUCUCCUGUUUUGCAAAACAGUCUUGAAAACAAUAUAUCAUCUUCUAAAGGGGCAAAGGAGGAUGAACAAAAAAUUAGCGUUAAUAAAGCGCCAAAUGAAAACGACACGAGUAAACCGCGUUCACCUGAUGAAGCGCUUAGCAAGCAGCAAACAGUUGUUGCUCCAUCUGCUAUUGAAGCUGAUAAUCUUCCUGAGAAAAGCGUUGACGCUGAUAGGAAGAUCCCUAAAAAAGAAAAGGGUAAGGCACCGCCACCUCCGUCUGCUGCUAUAAUUGCGCCAAAAACGUCUGAAGCACCGCCUGCAAUUAUUGCAGCACACACUGAACCGGAGAAACGGGCCAACGACGAACACAUCCGCACAGCUGCAGUGGUCAAAGGUGCCGAGCUGUGUGAGAAUGUGGAAAUCGAUGUGCAAGCGCCAGCACUGCAACAGUUCGUUAAUGAACCACAAGAGCAGGUGCAGCCACUGCCAUCUCCGCCUUCGCCAACUACAUCAUCAGCAGCGGUUUCGGUGAAUUCCACUUCAUCGUCUGUAAAAAGCGGCGCCAUGCUAAGCUCGAGCACUUCACUUAUCACUAUAAAUAGCGAGACCUCGCCAUCCAGCACGCCAACUCGUUCACUUAACAAUCAGGCACAGCAUCGGAAUGUCGUUCAACCCAACAGUUUGGACGCUGGUAUCAGCCAAAUAAGAGUUGUAACCAGCACGCAUCCACCAGUCAUCAUUGACAAUUCUGUAGUGCCCGCUGUACCGCCUCAAAGCGAAGUGAUAAUUGUUUCAAAUGAUUUAAACAAAAGCACACAUGUGCCAGAAUCUUCGACUGAUGAUGAUUUCACUUCCUUUGACGACAGUCUUGGCGAUUCGCCGAUAUCGCCACGACAGUCAUCCAUGAUAGUGGCCGUGAGUGAGAAGGGCGCCGAAGAAACGGACAAGGGUGAAAUUGCUGCCGACGCCAAUCAGUCUAUAAUCGGUAAAGGAUCACGGGCGCGUAAGCUUGACGAAAGCGAGGUGCUAAUCGUUAGCCCAUCUUUCGUAGAUGACGAUUCUGCCUAUAAUACAGCUACGGGCAGUCAUGAUCAUAGCGAACAUCUGAUGGAUACCAGUCAUGUGUCAGUUGUGACUGUAGGCGAUGAGAUAAAAGUUAAGGACAGUAGUCACCUGAGCAGCGAUCUAUACGAUACAAGAUUAAGCAACGACAACAAUAUUCUGAAUAGCCAACGACCAUAUGUAAAGAAUCACCAAAAUGGCCAAAUAAUCACCGGCACACCAACAGAAGAUGUAAAUAUUAUUAUAAACCGCAACACACCACAAGACAUCAGUGUCGCUAAUAAACGGCCCUCACCAGAUAAUAGCGUUGGUUCAGUGGACUCACGAACACUGAGUGAAAGCGGUUCACUGCCCUCAACUGGCGGUGUUAUUCGACGAGCUGUGGGCUUGAAUAUCGCAACAGUUGAUCAGAGUGACGUUGAAAGUAUCGGCACCACAACUAGUCAUGAUAGUCGCAACGAGGCGGAGGCCCCCAUAAUGGGCACUAAGAUACCCGAAGAUGAAGAAGUUGUCAUACGUCGUAAGCAAGGACCAUUAUCACCGAAAAUAGUAGCACCACCCGGUCCGACUAAAGAAGAAAUUGAACUACGUAAUUUGCGUAAGAAAACGCGAAAGCGUACGCGAAAAUUCGAGAUCGAUGGUGUACAAGUGACGACAACCACAAGUCGUGUCAUCUACGGUGACGAAGAGACUGGACGGCUCUAUGAUGAUCAUGUGUUCCGCAAACAAGAACUAAGAGAAUUGAAAAUGUUGCAGAAACAGGAAAAGAAGCAGCAAAACGAUUUGCAAUUAAAGGAACAAAUCGCUAGAGAGCAACAGGAUCGACGCUUCGAACAGGAGCGAAUUUCGCUGGAGAAGACUUAUGAAGCCGAUAUGGACACCUUGGCAAGACAACAGAAGCAACUAAUUGAGAAGACAGAACAAGCGCAGGAGCAUGAACUGCGAACUUCAUCGAAGCGCAUCCGAUCCGAGCAAGAGCAAGAAUUGAAAAUCUUCCGUGAAAAUUUGAAACAAGAAAUUCGUCUGUUGAAACAAGAAGUAGAUUUGCUGCCCAAAGAUAAACGCAAAGACGAAUUCAAACAACGACGUUCCGCCAUGGAACUGGAUCAUGAAGAGAAGGAGCGGGCUUUCCUAGAUUCGCUCAAAGAACGCCAUGAAUUGCUUCUGCGACGAUUAAGCGAAAAACAUCGCGAUCAUCUUGCCACAAUUAAUCGUAAUUUCCUGCAGCAAAAACAAAAUGCCAUGCGUACACGCGAAGCACUACUGUGGGAGCUGGAAGAGAAGCAAUUGCAUGAACGUCAUCAGCUAGCCAAACGGCAUGUAAAAGAAUUAUGCUUUAUGCAACGCCAUCAGAUGAUUGUGCGACACGAAAAGGAAUUGGAUCAGGUGAAGAAAAUGUUGCAACGCAAGGAGGAGGAUAUGAUUAAAAAGCAAGCUUUAGAGAAGCGAGCGUUGCCGAAGCGAAUUCGCGCAGAGCGCAAGGCACGCGAUUUAAUGUUCCGCGAAUCUUUGCGUAUAUCAACAAAUUUGGAUCCGGAAGUCGAAAGGGAACGACUUAAGAAGUUUCAAGAGCAAGAAAAGAAACGUUAUACGCAAGAGGAGCGACGAUUCGAAAUCAAACAUCAAAAACAGUUGGAGGAAUUGCGUGCAACGCGUGAGGGGGCGAUAAGAGAAUUAGAACAGUUGCAGAAUGAGAAACGCAAAGCUCUGGUCGAACACGAACAUGCCAAAUUGACAGAUAUCGACGAGCGUUUAAAGGCAGAGUUGCGUGAAUGGAAGGAGCAAUUAGUACCUAGAAAGCAGAAGCUAAUCGAUACUCUUAACGAAAUGUCCGAGCGUUUUGAGAAAAAGUACGGUCCAAUACCCGAUCGUGUGCCAUUUACUCACAAAGAUAUUGAGGUGCCACUGCAACUGCGUGGAUUUUUCAAUGAUGCACCACGCUCUCUGCCGCGUGGUCUUUUCCUUAGUGAAAAUCAGAUGCUGCGUUCGCGCACCUAUUUCUCAUUAUCAUCAGAUCCGCGUGCCAAAUUCCACGGUUCCACGCCCGAUUUGAGUCGCAGUGUACCCAAUACGCCCAUAUUUCGAAAAUUUGGUAAACUGAAAGAGCGUAGUGAUAGUUUAGCGCUGGACAGCACAACACCCAGACUGCGUGAUGAACGUUUUACGGAUGAAAUCGUUGAGUUGCGACAGGCACAUGGAGUGCUAACGCCACGUUUCGCCUCCGUCGCCGCAGUAGCAGCAGCAGCAGCAUCAGCAGCACCAUCAGCAACGCCAACACCACCAUCAGCCGUCGCCGCCGCCAAGGAUGGUGUGUCGUCAAGUGAUGCCGGCCAAGUGAGCACAAUUCAUAUACAAACUCCCACACUGGGCGCCAAUCGGCAAGCGAACUCGGAGAGACCAGUGCUUUCCACAUUCCGCAGCACAAUGCCACCGUCGUCAAGGCACACUGACUCAACAGUUACAUAUGCCACACCAUUUGCUGAUAUUGUAAGCAAUCGUUUUAAUAGAAGAGACAAUUUAAAAACUGAUGAGCCAACAACUACAACAACUGCUAUAACCAAUAAACCAGAGUUGCGUCAGCAAACGCAAAACCUAUUAUAUUCCUCAUCGUUUGCUAUCAAGCGGCCCUCCCUCUACGGUACGGGUCGCUCCUCGUUAGGCAGUACGCAAUCGCUCUAUGACAUUUAUGAGGGCACAGUACGCUUGAGCACUGAACGCGCUGAGCCUGAUUUUCGUUUGCCAGCCAAAAAAGCGACCGCUCUACUUGACAGUAUUGAACCUUCCUUGCGCGCCUCCAUCAAAUUGGGCAGUGUGCAGGAGGUAAAUAGUUUGGAUGUGGAAGAGGUAAAAUAUACCAUACCACGGAUUGGUAUAGCAGAUAAAAAAUCUAAGAGAAGUGCACCAAGUAGUCCUUUAGAAGAGGACUCACUGGCUUAGAGGGGUGCGCGUGUAGAAAAAAUAAUACUUAAAAUUAAAAUGAUUCUAAACACAAAUAAAACCAAAACACUGAAAAUAUUGAAACAG